GGAUCGGGUUUGUAUGAGAAUAAUCGCUGCUGUGAUUCGGUUCAUUGGUUUCACCUGAACAAACAUCGAUCGAUUCCGUCCUGACGGAGAAAGCGCCGCUCGAGCAUCUACACAACGUCUAUGAAUCCGGGACAAUUAUUAACAUGUCGACCAAGGCAGAGCAAUUUGGCUCUAAGAUUCGAUACUUGCAAGAGUAUCACAACCGUGUGCUACACAAUAUUUACCCAGUGCCUUCCGGAACAGACAUUGCAAACACUCUGAAAUACUUUUCCCAAACGCUGCUCAGCAUCCUGUCCCGUACAGGCAGAAAGGAGAGCCAGGAAGCUUCCAAUUUGGCCGUGCCCAUGACCAUGUGUCUUUUUCCUGUGCCAUUCCCACUCACCCCAUCUCUAAGACCACAAGUCAGUUCCAUCAACCCUACAGUUACUCGAUCCCUCCUUUACAGCGUUCUGCGGGACGCCCCGGCCGACCGGGCUGGUGCCCCCCAGCAGAGUCGGGACGUCCAGCUCUCAGAAUACCCUUCACUGGACUAUCAGGGGCUCUAUGCCACUCUCGUGACCUUGCUUGACCUGGUGCCUCUUCUGCAGCAUGGUCAGCAUGAUCUCGGCCAGGCCAUAUUUUACACCACAACAUGCCUUCUGCCUUUCCUUAGUGACGAUAUUCUCUGCACUUUACCCUACACCAUGAUCUCCACUUUAGCCACGUUCCCUCCUUUCCUGCACAAAGACAUCAUAGAGUAUCUGAGCACCUCCUUCCUCCCCAUGGCUAUAUUGGGUUCGACUCGAAGAGAGGGUGGCGUUCCAGCGUAUGUCAAUCUGUCUGCCUCCUCCAUGUUGAUGAUUGCCAUGCAAUACACUUCAAAUCCAGUGUACCACUGUCAGCUUUUGGAGUGUCUUAUGAAAUUCAAGCAGGAAGUUUGGAAGGAUCUUCUGUAUGUCAUAUCAUAUGGCCCAUCUCAAGUCAAGCCUCCAGCUGUUCAAAUGCUCUUUCAUUACUGGCCCAACCUUAAGCCUCCAGGUGCCAUCAGUGAGUAUAGAGGACUGCAAUACACAGCCUGGAACCCCAUCCACUGCCAACACAUUGAGUGUCAGAAUUCUAUUAAUAAGCCUGCGGUUAAGAUGUGUAUUGAUCCAACACUCUCUGUUGCCCUGGGUGACAAACCCCCUCCGUUAUACAUCUGUGAGGAGUGCAGUCAGAGGAUCGCUGGUGAUCAUGCCGAGUGGCUCGUUGAUGUGCUUUUACCACAAGCUGAAAUUUCUGCUAUAUGUCAGAAGAAGAACUGCAGCUCUCACGUCCGGCGGGCUGUCGUCACCUGCUUCUCAGUUGGCUGCUGCGGUCGUCAUGGUAACCGGCCAGUGCGCUAUUGCAAGCGUUGCCAUGUCAACCACCACAGCAGUGAGGUGGGGGCAUCAGCGGAGACGCAUCUGUACCAGACGUCCCCACCUCCCAUCAACACACGCGAGUGUGGAGCAGAGGAGCUGGUGUGCACUGUGGAGGCCGUGAUCAGUCUUUUGAAAGAGGCCGAGAUCCACGCGGAGCUGCGGGAGUUUGAGCUGAAUCGCCGCCGUCAGAUGGGUCUGUCCGCAUCCCAUCAUUCCCUCGACAACCUGGAGUUUGACAACAAAGAAGACGACCAGCAUGACCAGAGAUUACUCAGUCAGUUCGGCAUCUGGUUCCUGGUGAGUCUGUGCACGCCCAGUGAAAACACGCCCACUGAGAGUCUUGCCCGAUUGGUCAGCAUGGUCUUUCAGUGGUUUCACUCCACGGCUUACAUGAUGGACGAUGAGGUGGGCAGUCUCGUGGAAAAACUCAAACCGCAGUUUGUCACAAAGUGGUUAAAGACGGUGUGUGACGUGCGCUUUGAUGUUAUGGUCAUGUGCCUGUUACCCAAACCGGUGGAGUUUGCCAGGGUGGGCGGUUACUGGGAUAAGUCGUGCAGUACAGUGACGCAGCUGAAGGAGGGAUUGAACCGGAUUCUGUGUUUGAUUCCCUAUAACGUGAUCAGUCAGCCGCUGUGGGAAUGUUUCAUGCCGGAGUGGUUAGAAGCGAUUCGCACUGAAGUUCCAGACAAUCAACUCAAAGAGUUCCGUGAAGUUCUCAGUAAGAUGUUUGAUAUUGAAUUGUGUCCGCUGCCGUUCUCUAUGGAGGAGAUGUUUGGGUUCAUCAGCUGCAGGUUCACCGGAUAUCCAGCGUCAGUGCAGGAACAAGCUCUGCUGUGGCUUCAUGUUCUGUCAGAGUUGGAUAUCGUGGUUCCUCUGCAGCUUCUCAUUAACAUGUUCUCUGAUGGUGUGAACUCGCUAAAGGAACUGGCCAAUCAGAGAAAGGCACGAGCGGCAGAUCUGUCAGGAAGCGCAGGACCCCGGAGGGUGAGUGUAGUGUCAGACCCGGGCAGAAGGGGGCAGCAUAAUAACUUGAGUCCAUUUCCGAGUCCGUUCCGGAGCCCCUUCCGUAGCCCUCUGCGCUGCAGCCCCUUUAAGAAUCUGGGUCACGCCGCGGGCAACUGCGCACUCGACCUCGACUGCGAUGAUGAUGAUAUGAAUCUGGGCUGCUUCAUCCUCAUGUUUGACCUCAUACUUAAACAGAUGGACUUGCAGGAUGAUGCAGUAAUGUUGGGUUUGGAGAGCAGUCUGGGUCGUGAUAUCGUUGGCAUUAUAAACAGCGUGUUCCAGGCUCCUUGGGGCGGCUCACACACCUGUCAGAAGGAUGAGAAAGCACUCGAAUGUAACCUGUGUCAGUCCAGCAUACUGUGCUAUCAACUGGCCUGUGAUUUACUGCAGAGACUGACGCCACGCGACGAGAUACGACUGGUGGAGCCGUCUGAGUGUCUGGAGGAGAGUUUGGUUUUUCCUCAAGAAGAAUUCACUCUCAAAUUAGAAAAUGGAGCUGAUGGAGACAAUCCGUCCAGCACAGAAAACCCCAGAAGCACUAGCCCUUCUCCUGAAAUCCCCCCAUUAAAGAAUAGUGCUGACAGGAAGUUCUGCUACCUACAGCUUCCUAUUUCCCUCAAGCUUCUGUACACCAUACUGCAGGAAAUGAAUAAGUUUGAGGAGCCAGAUAUCCUGUUCAACAUGCUCAACUGUCUGAAGAUCUUGUGUUUGCAUGGAGAAUGCCUGUAUCAUGCCAGAAAAGAUCACCCACAAUUCCUGGCCUACAUACAAGAGAAGAUGCUCAUUCCCAGUUUGUGGUCGAUGCUGAAAUCAGAGUUUUGUCAGUUGGCGUCUCUGGCCGCUCCGCAGCUGCUGCACGCACUCUCUCUCUCUCACGCUGCUGAUAUCUUCUGGCGUCUGGUGGACAGCAGCUUCAACCACAAAGACUGGAAGAACCGUUUUGAAGCAGUGGAGCGCGUGGCAGUAUUGUGCCGUUUUCUGGACAUCGGUUCUCUCACUAAGAGUCACCUGCUCAAAUAUUCUCUGGCUCACGCAUUCUGCUGCUUCCUGGCCAGUAUAGAGGACGUGAACCCCGCAGUGGCCACUAGAGCCCGAUUACUGCUGGACACCAUCAAACGGCCCUCACUGCAGGGUCUGUGUCUGUGCCUGGACUUCCAGUUUGACACGGUUGUCAGAGAUCGGCCCAUUAUCUUGAGUAAACUACUGCUGCUGCAUUCACUGAAGCAGGAUAUUCCUGCGCUGAGCUGGGAAUUCUUCGUCAACCGUUUCGAGACGCUUUCGCUUGAAGCUCAACUGCAUCUUGACUGUAAUAAAGAGUUUCCGUUUCCUACAACUAUUACUGCAGUGAGGACAAAUGUGGCCAACCUGAGUGACGCUGCCAUGUGGAAGAUCAGACGAGCUCGGUUUGCUCGCAAUCGUCAGAAGAGUGUCCGUUCAUUACGAGACAGUGUGAGGGGACCAUCAGAGUCCAAACGUGCAUUCUCCCUCCCUGAGACCCUCUGCAACAAACUCUCUCACAGACUCACAAGACAAGAGCAGUCUGCACCCACACUGGGCAACAUGCUGGAGACGGUCCUCACAGUUGAAAGUUGUUCUCAAGAGGAUGACUCGGCCAUUAAAGAUCUUCUGCCUGAGGAUGCUGGUAUUGACCAUCAGACUGUUCACCAGCUUAUCAUGGUGCUGAUGAAGUUCAUGGCCAAAGACAAGAGCAGCGCAGAGACAGAUAUUGGCAGUGCCAAAGCUUUCAACACGGUCAAACGGCAUCUGUACGUCCUGCUGGGAUAUGACCAACAGAUGGGAUGCUUCAUGAUUACCCCUCAGAAAAUGCGUUCUUCAACAUGCUUUAACGCUUUCAUUGCAGGAAUCGCUCAGGUGAUGGAUUAUAACAUCGGUUUGGGGAAACAGCUGCUGCCGCUGGUUGUGCAGGUAUUGAAGUAUUGCACGUGUCCACAGCUCAGGCCGAACUUCCAGGAGCCUCCACGAUGCUCGCUGUGGGCCCUCAAACCUCACAUCAGACAGAUGUGGCUCAAAGCUCUGCUCGUCAUACUCUAUAAGUAUCCAUAUCGAGACAUGGACAUGAGUAAAGAGGUGGUGCUGCAUCUAAUCCACAUCACCAUAAACACCCUAAACGCUCAGUAUCACAGCUGUAGGUCACAUGUGUCUGCCGGACCACUGUACAGUGACAACUCCAACAUCAGCCGAUACAGCGAGAAGGAGAAAGAAGAAGACAGUGUGUUUGACGAGUCUGACAUCCAUGACACUCCAACCGGAGCAGCCAAUAAAGAAUCACAGACCUUCUUUGCUCGACUCAAGAGGAUCGGUGGCAGCAAAUCUGUCAAGUAUCAGGCAGUGGAGCUAAAUGCUCAAAGGAGUGAGAUCGAGUUGGCUGAAUACAAGGAGGGCGGUCCGCUGCAGGACACAUUGCUGUACUCCACUCGAGAUGACAACAACAGUAAGAAGAAGCGACUGCAGGCCAUGCACAAGCAGAAGUCUCUGGAUAUCAGCAACACAGACUCCAUCCUCUUCAACCUAGACGAGCACCGGCGCAAGUCCUGCAUCGACCGCUGUGACCUGCAGGGACCGCAGGCCCUCCAACCAUCAUCUUCCUCUUCUACAGCCAGACAGCAGCACAGAGCACAGCAUCAUGGAAAAGACUCUUCUAAUGGACACUCAGUUGUAGACCGCAGAGGCUCUGGUGUGCAGAACGACAGUGUCAGACCAAUUAUACCAGAGGUGCGUCUCAGUUAUAUGGAGACGUAUGAAGAUAAAGCUGCCGGCCUGAACUCACCGUUGUGUGGUGGACCUGCACAUUAUAAGGAGGAUCCAGACCUCAUAGAUCUUUCCUCAGACUGCACUUCCAUCCCUGAAAAGCACUCCAUUCUCUCGCUCUCUGACAGUGACUCACUGGUGUUUGAGCCGUUGCCUCCUCUACGUAUUGUGGAGAGCAAUGAGGACCUGUUUGAAGCCCUCAGACUCCCCAGUGGAGGGCUGAGCAAAUCUGAGCAACCUUUAUCUCCCUUCAUCAGCUCCACAGUACACUUGUCUUCAGUCGUUCAGGUCAGUGUGGAGGAUUGCUCCAAAGAUGAUCAAAGCGGCACUACGGGCCGAGAAACCUUUGAGCAUGCUGCUGAAUCCAGACCUGGUCCUGUCAUUUCAGCUGCAUCUCUGGAGCUCCCCAACUCCACACCGCAUCAGGAGAGCCCCAUGACUCUUAAGCAGAAGAGGGAUCUUUUCAGAAAGACAUCGCACAUGGCAAAUGCAUCCCUGGACGAGUCUUGCUCGCUGCUCGAGGAUUCGGCUGGAACGAGUCCCUCGAGCAGAUCAGUGUUCCCCCACAUCCCGGUGGAUACGCUUGAGUCACUGGAUCCGCUGAAAGCUGGAGGAAGCCCUCACGAUGGAGAUGAUGACAAUGAUGAAAUUGACGAGAGAGAAAGUGACCACAAACCCGAUGAUGAGAGCGAUGAAGCUGAAUUCAAGAUUCAGAUUGUGCCACGGCAGCGUAAAGAGAGAAAGAUCGCUGUCAGUGCCAUUCAGAGAGAAUAUCUUGACAUCUCCUUUAACACUCACGACAAAAUUAAAGAACCAGCAACUGAACCAGAUCAGAAUUCUCUGUCGAAUCUGGAGAAGCCGAGAGAAUCAGCCUCAGCUCCAGCUCUGGAGGCCACCGUCCCUGACACCAGCCAUCGCUCCUCAGUGUCCACUCAGUAUCGUCAGGUGAAGCGCGGGUCUCUGGGUGCAGUGACCAUGAGUCAGUUAAUGAAGAGACAGUUGGAGCAUCAGUCCAGUGCACCUCAAAACAUCAGCACAUGGGACACUGGUCCUACAAAGGCAAGUCUGCUGUCGGCUCCAAGCACCGUCAGUAUGUUUGUGCUGGCACCAGAAGACUUCAGCGACGAGCAGCCCACCACAAUGGCCGACAGGUGUCGUGACUGUGGUGCAGUUCUAGAGGAGUACGAUGAGGAGACUCUUGCUCUUGCUGUGGUGGUUUUGUCCAUGUUCAUUCAUCUGAGUCCAGAUCUGGGCGCUCCGCUACUGCUGGAGAUCAUGCAGUCGGUGGGCAGGUUGGCAUCUAGUUCUAAUUUCACAGGUCAGGCUGAAAGUAUGCUAAUACCUGGUAAUGUUGCUGGUGUUGCCAAGCAGUUCCUGCGCUGUAUUCUCCAUCAGCUCGCCCCGAACGGCAUCUUACCACAACUGUUCCAGAGCAACAUAAAAGAUGGAAGUUUUCUGCGCACUCUGGCCACGUCACUGAUUGAUUUCAGUGAGUUGAGUUCUGUAGCAGCAUUGAGUCAACUGCUCGAGGGCUUGAACAAUAAGAAGACUCUACCAGCGGGGGGCGCAAUACUACACUGUCUGGAGAACAUCGCCACCUUCAUGGAGACUCUUCCUAUGGACUCACCCAGUAACCUCUGGACAACCAUCUGUAACCAGUUCCAGACAUUCUUAACUAAACUACCUGCUGUUCUGCCACUCAAGUGUCCGCUGGACUCUAGUCUGAGAAUAAUCAUCUGUUUGCUGAAGAUUCCUGCCACGAAUGCAACAAGAAGUCUGUUGGAGCCGUUCUCUAAACUCCUGAGUUUUGUCAUCCAGUAUGGCAUCUUCAGUCUGUCGUAUCUCCUCGAGCUCUGCAGUUUAUGCUACAAAACCUUCAGCAAGGAGAGGGACAAGUUCUACAUGUCUCGUAUUGUUGUUGUGGAGUUGCUUCAGGCUCUGAAGUUCAAGUCAACGAUUCCUGACACGAAUCUGCUGCUGCUGGUGCAGUUUGUGUGUUCAGACAUCGGAACGAGGCUCGCUGAAUCCACCAUUCUGCAGAAGCACAUGAUUUCCGCUCUGCCGGGGUGCACAACAGCGGCGAUGGAGUGUUUGCGUCAGUAUCUGAGUGAGCUGCUUGACUUCAUCGCAGACAUGCACACGCUCACCAAAUUAAAGAGUCACAUGAAAGCGUGCUGUCAGCCAUUGCAUGAAGACACGUUCGGCGGGAAUCUGAAGGUUGGUCUUUCUCAAGUAGCAGCGAUGGAGAUCAGCAAAGGAAACCACAGAGACAAUAAAGCUGUUAUCCGCUACCUGCCAUGGCUUUACCACCCGCCUUCUGCCAUGCAACAGGGACCUAAAGAGUUCAUUGAGUGUGUGUCACACAUUCGGCAGUUGUCAUGGUUACUGCUGGGGUCUCUUACCCACAGUACUUUGCAUCAGGGCUCCACGUGCUGUAUGCCGAUUCCUCUGGAUGCUGGAUCGCACAUCGCAGACCAUCUCAUCGUUAUUCUGAUAGGAUUCCCAGAACAAUCUAAGACUUCUGUGUUGCACAUGUGCUCGCUCUUCCAUGCCUUCAUGUUUGCUCAGCUGUGGACAAUCUACUGCGAGCAGGCGGCGGCCGUCCCAGCCAAUCAGAACCAGAAUCAGAAUGAGUUCUCCUCGUGUGCAAUCCUCACUGGUCUGGAGUUCUGGAGUCGCGUCACUCCGAGUAUUCUGCAGCUUAUGGCCCAUAACAAAGUGAUGGUGGAGAUGGUCUGUUUACAUGUCAUCAGUUUAAUGGAAGCAUUACAGGAGUGUAACUCAACCAUUUUUGUUAAACUGAUACCCAUGUGGCUGCCAAUGAUUCAGUCUAACUUAAAUCAUCUGUCUGCAGGUCUUCAACUGCGUCUGCAAGCCAUUCAAAACCGUGUGAAUCAUCAGUGUCUGCAGAAUCCUGCAGCUGGAUCUUUCCCGCUGGCGCUGCGCAAGUGGCUACAGUGCACACAGUUUAAAAUGGCCCAAGUGGAGAUACAGUCUUCUGAAGCAGCAUCACAGUUCUACCCAAUGUGAUGUAGAAAGCUGUGUGUGUAUGUUUGUUUGAAUGUGUGAUGGAUGUGCAUAUUGCUGUAUAUCAAAUGCAGUUAUAGAGACAUAUAUGAAUAAUGUUAGCCUGCUACAAACAGGGCAGAUUUACAAAUUCUAUAGUAUGCAUAUAUCUAUUUCAAACCAAAAUAAACAGUUCAGUUCAGAGGAUUUUUUUUAAACAUUAGUUUAUUGUGUGUGUUACACUGGCAUUUUCCACACUGUCCUGUAAAAAUAUUAAUAUAAAGCAAAUAACAUCCUAUAUGAUCACAGGUGUUCACUACCAAGGAGCUUUAACUUUCAAGAUAUAUUGCAAGGUCCUAUAGCCAGUCAUUCCAGCCUCGAGUUUCUGGAACAGAACGUCUACAAUGUGCAUCUCACGUUACUCACAUUAACGCUGGACACAUUUGGCUUCUGUACUGUGAACAAUCAUAGAAAAUAGUCAUAAAAAUAAAUUAGUGUGUAAUUAUGUGAAAAGUUAAUGGUUACAUUUUU